AUGGGUGGCUCCAAGAAUGGACCAAUAUUCAUAUCACAAUAUUCAUAUCACUUGGAACAGAUGCCGGUUGCUCAAGGGAUGGAGGUCCCCUCAGUCCGCGACUGGACAUCCCUGAGCAAAUCUGGCCGGACAAGGCAACCAAAAUCAAAGAUGGAGGACCAUUUCAGCGACAUGUUGACCCAAAGAACUUCAUCUGAUGUCUAUGAAAUGCUGGGUGGGAGUAUUUUGCACACCAAUUAUUACAACGCACUAGAUUUUAGAUUCUUCUGUACACCAAAACACCUCUUUCACUACAUUCGAGCCGCAGAACUUAUAUUCCACAUCUCCCUGGCAGCGCGAAGUCGGCGGCCAGGAGAACCGUUACACAGAGUAUCAGCCGCAAAAGUACCAUCCGUACAGACCAUCAAGCAAUCGAAGCGUAUCAGCUUCCUCGCGGUCCAAUGGCCACACCGAAAAGUCGGCGGCCUUCUCAAAAUCCAAAAAUUCAGUCGUGAAGAGGUAUCGUAA